UUCGAUAAAUGUUUAUUUCAAUUUAAAUUUAACUUUUGUUUUUUUCAAAUAUAAAUACUUUCGAAAUUGUCAAUUGGUGAAUUUCAUCAUUUCGAAUUUCAUCAUUCAUUUUUUUUCAUCAAGUUUUAUUAACACACAAACAUCUAUCAUUAUACUUCAUCAUAACCACACACAAUAUACACAAAACGUUUAAGAAAUUUGAUGCUCAAGAUUAAUCAUUGUCAAUCACACCAUCAAACAAAGGCAUUUGACGUUUAUGGCAAAAAAAUAUUGAAAUUUUUUUUCCUCAUCUUCAAGUUUUUCAUCAUUAAAUGUUCAAAAAAUUUUGGAAAAAUUAAGCCAAAAUGAUCUCGAAACUAAUACCGUUUCUUUCUUCAUUAUUAUUGCUCAUCAUUAUAUCUACCUGUUCAUCAUUAUCAACUACAUCACAAACAUCGAAAUCGAUCAAUGAAUUGGAUAUUUGUGGUGAAAAUGGUCAUAUUGAUUCACAUGCAUUAAAUAUUGGCUCAACACCAUGGAAUGUAGCGCGUGAUUCAAGUUACAUUGACAUAUCACCAUGUUCAACAUUUAUAAAUUCAUCGAAUUAUAGAAAUUAUUACAUUCCAGAUGAAUGUAAACAAAGUCAUAUUUGUCAUAAUAUAACCGAUAAAAAUGGUCAUAUUCGAUCGAUUGGAUAUCAAUUAAAACAUGUCAUAUCGGAAUUCGGUACAACACGUGCAAUUUAUAUUGGUUCAUCAUGUGCUGAUAAUAUUAAUUAUACAAUUAAUUUACGAUUUACAUGUGGAAAUCAUUUGGGCCAUCCAUCAUUUCCACUCGUUUCGAUUAAAACCAAAUGUGCUAUCAUAUUAAAUUGGGAAACAUCGGCUGCUUGUCGACAACAAAUACCUACAUCAUCAUUCGGUUUGAAUGAAAUGAAAUGCUAUGUUCUUGAUAAUCAAAAUCGUAUUCGCGAUCUAACACCUUUGAUACGUACUAAUGGUAGUUAUCAAGUAAUGGCCGAUUCAAAAGAAUUUUAUAUCAAUGUUUGUUCGGCAAUCGGUGGUAUGGAAAAUCGUUGCUCAACACUUGAAGGCUCAUCUGCUUGUCAAUUGACAACUGGUUCCAAAAGAGGCUUCAUUGAAUCAGUUGGAACAUAUAAAUGGUCUGAUAUGAAAUUCAUUCCAUCGAAUGAACAGAACGAACGUGAACAUAUUGAACUUACUUAUUAUCGUAAAGCAACAGCAUCAGAAUUCAAUCCUGUUACCAAAAUUCGUUUCAUAUGUCCACGACAAUUAUCAAAAAGUGUUUCGUAUCGUAAUUAUCCGAUAUUAGUUUCGGAUUUAGAUUCUGAAUAUAUAAUCGAAUGGAUUACCGAUUAUGCGUGUCCAAUGGAUAUGAUUGAACAAUUAAUCGAUCCGAAUACAUGCCAAUUUGAACAGAUCAAUCUAAAAACAUUGCCAAAAACGGAAUUUGUAAUCGAAAAUAUACCGAUUCAAGAUCGAAACAAAACAAUUAUAAUGAAUAUUUGUGGUUCGGUUAGCCGUAAAUGUUCAACUACAUCAUCUGUUUGUUUAGUUGAUGGUCAUGGUUUUCGAUCAAUCGGUUCGAAAUCUGAAGGAAAAUUUUUCAAGGCUGAUAAUCGUUUAAAUAUUGUUUUCUCAUCGAAAAAGGUUGCAUGUAAAAAUAAUCAAGGAAAUUCAAUGAAUUCACGUACAAUUAUUGAGCUUGAAUGUGAUAGAUUUGCUGACAAAUCUACCGAACCAAAAUUCAUUCGAUUUGCAAGUGAUACUUGUGAGUACAAAUUUAAUUGGAAAACAUCGAUCGUAUGUCCAUUAUUUGAACAAACAAAUCUAAAUUGUUCAUUGAUUACAAAAGAUUCAAACGAUAAUCUUAUUCAAGUUGAUUUAUCAUCAUUACGAUUAUCAGAUUCCGUUCAUCGUACACAAUCAACGAAUAUACAAUUUCUAUUCAAUGUUUGUGAUCGUAUACCAUCUAUGGUUAAGAACAUGAAAAUUCCAAAAAAUUGUCAACAUUCAGCUGCUUGUAUGAUUGAUAAAGCAAAUAAUCUUUCAUUUAAUAUUGGUAAUUUUAAUCGUCCCAUCACAUAUAAUAAGCAAUCAAAAACAUUUGAAUUAUUAUAUACUGAUGGCUUUGAUCUUACUCGUAACAAAACUGUCAACACAAGAAUCAUAUUCAUCUGUUCAACGUAUCAAGUUCAGCCUGUUGAAAUUGAUUUUGAUGGAGAACAUUCAGAAUAUGUUUUGGAAUUUCGUACACCGGCCGCUUGUCCAAUGAAUCCUGUUAUUGGUGAUGAUUGUAAAAUUUAUGAUUCAUUCACAGGACAUUCAUUUGAUUUGUCACCAUUAAAAUCAGCAAGCUAUUAUGUUAUUCGUGGUGAUCAAUAUGAAUUUGAAUUAAAUCUUUGUGGUCCUAUUGUCGAUGGUUCAUGUGAACGACCUGAUACGGCAAUCUGUCAAAAAGAACUUCUGGGUCAAAAACGAAAAUUUAGUCUUGGCACUUCUCAUGAUAAAUUAGUUUAUUGGAAUUCCAUACUAAAUAUGACAUUCACUAAUGGUGAUCCAUAUAAUGAUGUGAAUCAUACUCCACGAAAAUCACAUAUAUCGUUUGUCUGUGAUGAAACAGCUGGUAAAGGUCAUCCAGAAUUUAUUGGCGAAUCAAAUCGUUCAUAUUCAUUCAUUUGGUAUACCUCAUUAGCAUGUGUUGAAGAAGUGCCGAAAACAAGUCAUUGUACAUUUGAAAAUGAAACACAUUUCAUUGAUUUUAGUCCAUUAUCGUUGAGUAUGGGAAAUCAUUUUGUAUUGAGUGAUGAUCAAACAUUGAUAAAGAUUAAUUUCUGCAAAUCAUUGAAUCGUGAAAGAAGUAAUUUAGUAAAACUAUGCAAACCAAAUUCGGCUGCUUGUAUGAUACAGAUGCAUUCACCUGGUGAAACAAUUAUAACGAAUCUUGGUGAACCAUCUGAACCACCAAUGACCGGCUUUGAUGGCGAUAUUUAUUUUUUCUUGAAUAAUGGUGAUCCAUGUCCAUAUGAUUCGAAAAUUAAUUUAACCAGUAGCUUUCGUAUGGAAUGUGAUCGUGAAUCUGGACAAAUGAUCAAAAUUAUGCAAGUUGAUCCAGAUGAACGUCGAAAAUGUACAUAUGAAUUUAUUGUACAAUCACCAAUUGCCUGUGCACAGAAAUUGACUGAAACAAAAUUUGAAGAUUGUGUCUAUACCGAUCCACGUACAAAUCUAUCGGCCGAUUUUAAUCCAUUAAUGAAAACGUUUGAUUAUGAAAUUAAUCCUAAAAAUCCAUUGAAUCGUACUAGUUCAAAAUUUAUUUUCAACAUUUGUAAAAAAGUAAGAUCAGUCGAUUGUGGUCCAAAUGAAGCGAUUUGUUUUUCAAAUGUUGAUAAAACUCUUGUUAGUUAUGGAUCAAUGAAUCAGUUGCGUGUCUAUAUGAAGCAAAAUCUACAUUUACGUUAUAGUGGUGGAGCACCUUGUGAUAAAACAUUAUUAUCUCGUCGUCGUUCAACUGAUAUUGAAAUGGUUUGUUCCACAAAACAAUCCAAUCCAAUCGUUGUACAUUAUGAUGAAUGUUUAGUGAAGAUGUAUUGGGAAACACCAUCGGUUUGUAGCCUAAAAAUACCAAGCUGUUCAUUAUUUGAUUCCGAUGGCAAUUAUUAUUCAUUACGACAAUUAUCAUCAUUAACGCAUUCAUGGCGUGUUAAAAUGAAUAAUACGGAUAAUUAUUAUCUGAUAAAUGUUUGCAAAUCAUUACCAUCGGCAACAUUUCAACAAUUUUCAAAAGAUAUAGCAAAUACAUGUGGAAAACAAUCUGCUGUUUGUCAAUGUAGUGAAAAAGAUGGAUGUACAAAAGGUUUUGGAAAAGUUUCUGAUCAUGAACUUACAUUGGAUCCGGAUACUAAACAUUUAUUGUUGACCUAUGAAGAAGAAAUAUUGAAUUGCAUUGGCCCGAAAGGAACAUUGUUACCAUCGAAAACAGAAAUUCAAUUUCAAUGUUCAACCGAUACUGGUAUAAAUGGACCCAAAUUUAUUAAUCAAACAGAUUGUACACUUUAUUUCAUUUGGAAUACAUCUUUUGCAUGUCCACACAAUUUGGUAAAAAAUGAUGAAUAUCGUUUAUCAUUAACAAAUGAUAUGAUUCUUAUUGAUACAACAUCAAAAUUACGUUGGGAUUUAAGCGAAUUGUUUAAGAAAAAAAUUAUUGCACGUGAAACACGUACACGUGAUGGUCUUGUUGAACAUUAUGAUUAUCAUAUUCAUCUUGAUCCAAAUAAUGAUCCAAUAAUGGCCGAUAAACAAUGUUCACAGGCAGCAGUUUGUCAAACAAAUGGUAAUGGUUUAAAUCGUGAUAUCGGUACAUUGAAUGAAUGGCAAUUUGUAUCCGAUGGUAAUAUUGCAUUGAAUCUGAAUAUUCAUUCAAAAACAUCAACUUGUGGCCGUAAUAAAUUGAAAAAAGCAUCAACAAAAAUAUUUUUCGAAUGUAUUGAUUCGCAUCAACAAAAUAACAAAGAUAAUGAAUCUAACGAUGUUAGUUUUCUUUAUGAAAGUGAUGAUUGUGAAUAUUAUUUCCUUUGGCGUACACCAUUAGUAUGUCCAUUAUUGGAAGAACAACAAAAAUCUAGUCGAUCUAAUCAUGAUAAUGAUUCUAAUGGUAAUGGCCCCAAACAACGAUCAUUUAUGUUGCCAAUAAUUUUAUUAUUGAUAGUGAUAUGUUGCCUUUUAUUUGUUUCACAUCGUUAUUAUCAUGAAAUCAAUGUGAGAAAUUUUAUUUGUCGUCAUAUGGAACGUUUGCGUAAUCAUCGUGGUUCUUCACCUACAACUUCUGAUGUUAAUUUCCGUUAUCAACCGUUGGAACUUUAAACAUUUUAAUUUAUCUUUAAUAUCUGAUGAUGACCCGAAAAUUCGUCAAAUUCAUAAUUUUAAAAAUUUCUGAUUUUUUUGAUAAUCUGACAUCUUUAUUUUCAAAAAAAAAACUGUGAUAUCCUUGGAGAUAUAUAAUUUAUCCUUGAUUACCUUGAUUGUUGAAUUAUCUGAAACAAGGAAGAAAAAUAACGU